AUGUCUAACGCAAGUCUCAACGUGUUCCGCCAGCCCCUAAAGCUCUUCUCGACACAGCCGAUGACAGGCUUCCACCGCGAUGGCUACUGCCGCACCACCGCGAUGGACCGCGGCAAUCACGCCGUGGCGGGCAUCGUCUCGGAGGAUUUUCUCGAUUACACGGCGCGCCAGGGCAACGACCUUCGCCCCGUGGGCCUCAGCGAAGGGUGCAAGUGGUGCUUGUGUACAGGCCGGUGGCUCCAGGCCUUCCGGGCCUUUGAGAGUGGCAGCAUCCCGAGAAGCGCCGUCCCGAAGAUUGACCUGGAGGCUACGGAGGAGAGCGCGCUGAGAAGUGUCGACCUGGAGACUUUGAGGGCGUUUGCUAUUGAGGGGCAGAGGCAGCAAGGGCAGCAGACCAAUGGAGUGAACGGUGUGAACGGCGUGAAUGGAGUAAAUGGGCAUUAA